AUGGAAAGGGAAAAUUAUUCAAGAGUCUCUGAAUUCAUCCUCCUCGGCCUUUCAGACCAGCCAGAGCAGAAGAGGUUCAUGUUCCUUGUAUUCCUGAUUAUGUAUCUGAUCACAGGGCUGGGAAAUUUGCUCAUCAUCCUGGCCAUCAGGACAGACUCACGUCUGGACACCCCCAUGUACUUCUUCCUUAGCAACUUGUCCCUGGUUGACAUCUGCUACACCUCUACCACCAUCCCCAAGAUGCUAGUUAAUUAUAUAUCUGGGAACAAAGUAAUUCUUUAUGUCAGCUGCCUGGCACAAGUCUUCUUCUUCAGUUGGUUUGCAGCAAUAGAUAGUAUCCUCCUUGCCUCCAUGGCCUAUGACCGCUACAUGGCUAUCUGUGCACCAUUACACUAUACAAUGGCCAUGACCCCAAGGGUCUGUGUCCUUCUGGUAGCAGUGUGCUGGUUUUGGGCUUGUGCUAAUGCCCUGACACAUACUAUUCUGCUGACCCAACUCUCAUUCUGCGGCCACACUGAAAUCCCUCAUUUCUUCUGUGACCUCAAUGUGGUGAUAAGAUUGUCCUGCUCAGAUACCUUCAUCAAUGACUUGGUGAUCUACACAGUGGGAGGACUGACAGCUGUAAUUCCAUUCAUUGGCAUUCUAAUCUCCUACAUUCACAUUUUUGUGGCUGUUCUCAGGAUACCAUCAGCUCAAGGGAAAUGGAAAGUUUUCUCCACCUGUGGCUCUCACCUCACUGUGGUCUGUCUCUUCUAUGGAACAAUUAUUGGAGUGUACUUUAACCCAACAUCUGCCCACACAACACAACAGGAUACAGUUGCAGCUGUGAUGUACACUGUGGUCACCCCCAUGCUGAACCCUUUCAUCUAUAGCCUAAGGAACAAGGACAUGAAAGGAGCCCUGAGAAUGCUCCUCACUAGGAAACCCAGCCUUGCUCUGUAA